AUUUGGAGGCAGGAUGACAGCUGAGAAAAGGUACAGCAGCGCGAGCGCACUCAGUAUCGUUAACAACAAUAAGUAGCCUACAAACUCCCGUUUUAACGAGACGGACCGACACAUUUCACCGUCCGACGCCUUUUAUACCAAACCGACGGGAGUGUUUGAGUUCAUCAGAGGACGGUAACCGACCGUUAACCUUGCGGAUAUUAUUUUUUCUUUCUUUUUUCACCAAGAGAGAAAAAGGUCGGUGUCCGGAUGUGCCAGCAGUGUUGGGUUUUUCGCAUGGCGUAGGCACCUUUUUUUCUACAGCAGGAUAUUCUUAAUGUUUGGAGGGUCGCAGGAGGCCCUUGGGUCGACAGUUUAUCCCCAUUAACAUUAUCUACACUUUCCUAAUUAACCGAUUUGUCAGCGAAAUGAGCAACGACAUGAUUGUGCAAUAGAGAGGAAGAAGCGUUGUAACACGUCUCGACUACCUCAGUGUUGUGACUGGAGAGAGAGAGCAAGUCACCGGGAAUAAACUCUGCUUUUUUUUUUAUUUACACGACGCGCUUUUUCACACCUUGUGAGUGCUUUCACGAGAGAGACGAGAAAGGGGGGAAUAUUUGUACCCUUGUGUUGUGUUGUGUGAGUGAGAGAGAGAGAGUGUGUGUGUGUGAACCGGGACCGGGAAAACCUUCACGAUGACGGGCAGCAGCACCCCAGCAGACAUGAUAAACCUGCGGCUCAUCUUAGUCAGCGGGAAGACGAAAGAAUUCCUCUUUUCUCCCAACGACUCGGCGGCAGACAUCGCCAAACACGUCUAUGACAACUGGCCGAUGGACUGGGAGGAAGAGCAGGUCAGCAGUCCUAACAUCCUGAGGCUGAUCUACCAGGGACGUUUUCUACACGGCAACGUAACACUAGGAGCUCUCAAACUGCCCCUGGGGAAGACCACAGUGAUGCAUUUAGUUGCCAGAGAGACUUUGCCUGAGCCAAAUUCCCAAGGUCAGAGGAACAGAGAGAAGACCGGGGAGAGUAACUGCUGUGUCAUUCUGUAAAUACACACCUACGCUGUCAGGCCCUCCAUCCUUCUCAUCUGUUCUCGCCCUCAACGUCCAGGACCUAAUGAGCUUUGUCCCCUGUCCUGGAGCCUGUCCAUAACGCGGAUAUGCAUACAGACAAACACACACUCUCUUCUUUUUCUUAUUUCUUUUCAAUAUUUUUUUUUCUUUCUUUCCCCCUUUUCACACGCAUACACAAAAAGACAGCAGGCUCAGGCUGAUCCAGGACACAAGAGUUGGGAGCAGGAAAUUGAUUAACAAUAGAGUUGAUUCCUUUUAUUGUACUUGAUUUGUUGUCAUAACUGAAAAAUUAGAGGAAGGAACUGGAUUUGCAUGUGUUUUUUUUCUUUCUUUCUUAAUGCACACCUUUUUAAGCCUUCUGCCAUACACACACACACACACACACACACACAUAUAUAUAUACAGUAGACACACACCUUGUUCAAUCAUCCUCAGCCGGUCUGUUAAAAGUCUAACCGGCUCCUCAUUCUAGCUGGUUGUCAUAGUAAUGCAGUGCCCAGGUUUGUGUGUGUGGCCUUGUUUUCUCAUACAGACCGCUGAGAAUUUUAACCACUAACAACUCACCAAUAUACUAUACCCACACAUACAUACACAUACAUAUACAAGCACACACUAUGACACCCCGUCUACACAUCCAGCCAUAUGUGCUUGUGUGAUCUCCCUCAGUGCAGCAGACGAAGCUUAGACGUGCCUGACCAGAGAACUCAAACCAGGACACACACACACACACAUAUACCUGUGUCCUUUUUACUGCCCUGCUCUGCAUGUGCCCUUUAAGUGCACAAUAGAGAAAUUAUUCCUUUUUUUGUCUGCAGAGCGCUGUACAGUAGAGACCGAACACAUCCUACUCUUUCAGUCAUCACAUCAUUUAAGCCAAACAAAGCCUAACAAACAAACAAAUAGACAAACAACCAGUGUUGGCAGUGUUGUUUUGGUUAUUUGUUUGUCCAUUGACAUUUGUGACUGUGUUUUGACAGUCCAUGCAUAUUGCUGACCGACCAGUGUUGUGAUUAAUAAAAACGUCAGUUUUCUUCCCUCCCUGACGCACCAUCCCUCUCUCCACCUCUCUUGUUUCCGCCUCCCUGACAGGAGGAAGGGAAAAGCUUGUCGUGCUCCUUUUUUUAACAGUGUUGUGAAGGAUCUCUCUGACAAUUUUCUGUCCAAGCAGGGAAAUUAACUCGGAAUGGAAAUGUUCCUUAUUUGUCUUAAUUCGCUUCUUACUCUCCUUAAUUCUCUCUCUGCAUUAAUAAGUCCAUUUUGCACAACUGAAGCAUGUGCUCCUUCAUCAGAUUAAUAAAAAUGUAUAAAAGUUUUAUUGUUUUAUUUUAUAUUUUUCCAAGGGAAGUAAUGUUCCAAACUAAGGUAACGUGUAGAAUAUAUUUAAUAUGAAUCUUAUAUAGAACAUGAUGACUCUAGAUCUUGUUGAUAUACAGUAUAUUGGUGUUUAGUCUAUGAUUGUGUAUACGGUUAGCUUCUAGCCAGUUCACAGUCACUCGCUGACAAUGUCUUGUGCUUAACAGCAGCAAAAACCUCCCUAAUCAUCGACAGACUGUAUUUUUAUUUUCUUUCUUCUGUGCUCUUUUAUUAUUUUUCUUUCAUUUGUUUAUAAUUUAAUGUAAUCAUUUUUAUUUGUGGUUUUUUGCUUUAAAGAAUCGCUUUGUAACAGCACUAGGUCUUAAAAAAAAAUAUUGUUUAUAUUGAUCAGGGUUCAAAUCUGUACAGAAAUAAACGUUUUCAAAACCAAUUGUAAAUAGCACUAAUGCUCCUUCUCCCCUCCUCCAAACUUCAAAAUGAAAUACAUCUGUAAACUAAAUAAAGGUUAUUGAAGUGCAA